AUGGGUCUUAAUUUUCCGAAUCAAGCACCAACUACGGCGAAGGGGGAGCGAAAAACAGACACCCUCCGCAGACAAGCUGCGGCUCCUCCAGCAUACCUCAUCAUAUUUCCUCUCAUUCCAAUCGCCGGGGCCAUCUACAUCUCCAGCACUCGCUACUCUGACUUCCAACACCACGGCUUCGAUGUCCUCAUGAGCGCAAUACUUGGCAGCUUGACGGCCUGGCUAGGCUUCCGAUGGUACCAGAUGCCAAUUCGAAGAGGAGGCUGGGCUUGGGCAGCGAGAAGCUUAGAGCGAGCAUUUUGGAGGGGCUUAGGGGCUGACACUUAUGGUCAAGAUAGAGGGCUAACGGUGGAAGAUUUGGAGCAUGCGCGUGCAGCUCAGGGCGUGGCUGACGGAGCGAUGCUACCGCAAAGCGUUGGACAUAGUGGGACUCAGGAUCAUAGUGAUGGGAGUGGUGGGAGUUACGAGUUGAGAGAUCUGGGAGGGACAAUGGCACAGGCGCCGACUGAUUUUACGGCUCUUGGAGAGGACAACGGGACUCGACGCGUGGUCAGGUUGGCGUAG